UUGCUCGGAAUAUGGGUGGGAAAAAAACGCGCCAAGGCGCAUGCGCAGAGUGGCUCUCGUACCUCAUCUCUGUGCUACCUAGAGGAGCGACUCCGCAUCAGUCCCAGGCUGUAGUCCACCUGGAGCCGCGAUAAAAAGGUUACAAGGUCAGGUCCUGCAAUGGGAUGUAGUCUCUCUCGGAUGAGUGAAACCAAGAGCCAAACCCAGAGAGAGCGUCUGUCAAAACCUGUGCAGUAGCAUCAGAUUUGUGCAGAGCCGGCAAGCCGACUAAAGCAGCAGCUUUGCCGCCGAACCCGAAAUGUCGGAUGUCACGUCACCAACUCCAGAACCUCCUCAAAUCGUCAACCCUCCACCUCCUGAGGUGACGAAUGCCACUAAACCUGGCCGCAAGACCAAUCAGCUGCAGUACAUGCAGAAUGUCGUGGUCAAGACUCUGUGGAAGCAUCAGUUCGCCUGGCCUUUCUAUCAGCCAGUUGAUGCCGUCAAGCUCGGACUGCCGGACUAUCACAAGAUAAUAAAGAAUCCGAUGGAUAUGGGCACCAUCAAGAAAAGGCUAGAGAAUGUGUACUACUGGAGUGCCAGCGAAUGUAUGCAAGACUUCAAUACAAUGUUUACCAACUGUUACAUCUACAACAAGCCAACAGAUGACAUAGUUUUAAUGGCUCAAGCAUUGGAGAAGAUCUUCCUGCAGAAGGUUGCUCUGAUGCCCCAAGAGGAAGUGGAGCUGCUUCCUCCUGCCCCUAAAGCCAAAGGUCGCAAACCUGGUCCAGGUCAGCAGGAGGGAACUGUAACUUCUGGCUCGCCAACCUCCGCAUUCCCGGGUGCCACUUCGCCAAGCUCCCAGCCACCAGUCAUCUCUCCUCCAGUGCCUGCUAUCACGCCCAGCACACCCGCUGUACAGAACACACCCUCCACCCCCAUCAUGCCUGGCAUGCCUCCCUCGCAACCCUUCGGCAAAAAGAAAGGGGUAAAGAGGAAAGCAGACACCACCACACCCACUACCUCUGCCAUCACGGCCAGCAGGAGCGAAUCGCCCACCCCUCUCUCCGAGAGCAAGCAGGCCAAAGUGGCAUUGCGGAGAGAGAGCACCGGGCGACCCAUCAAACCACCUAAGAAGGACUUGGACGACGGAGAAGCGGGUCAGCACGGAGGCAAACGAGGCCGGCUCACUGAGCACCUCAAACACUGCGACACCAUCCUGAAAGAAAUGCUGUCCAAGAAGCACGCUGCGUACGCCUGGCCGUUUUACAAACCCGUCGACGCUGAAGCACUCGAGCUGCAUGACUACCAUGACAUCAUCAAACACCCCAUGGACUUAAGUACAGUCAAAAAAAAGAUGGACGGUCGAGAGUACCCAGAUGCACAGAGCUUUGCCUCCGAUGUGCGAUUAAUGUUCUCAAAUUGUUAUAAGUACAACCCACCUGAUCACGAGGUUGUCGCCAUGGCACGAAAACUACAGGACGUGUUUGAGAUGCGCUUUGCUAAGAUGCCAGACGAGUCGGCGGAGGUGAACGUGGCGGGCGCUGCUGCUGGAGCGGGCGUGGUCAGUAAAAGCACGGCGAGCAGUGAGAGCAGCGGCGACUCCUCUAGCUCGGACAGCUCCGACUCUGAGGAGGAGAGAGCCACGCGCCUCGCCGAGCUGCAGGAACAGGUGGGUGCGGAACAGCUGGAGCAGGAUCAGGAGAGUAGUCAGGCAAGUCAGACCCCAUCCAGUCCCUCUGUCCAAACUCCUUCUGACUCUACACGUCAGCCUCAUUCAGAGCCUUUACUUUCCUCCUCGUCCCCUCAUACUGCAGCCCCGCUCAGCUCAGGAAAGAGAAAGCAGGAUUACACUCUGCGUAGAGAGAUAAGAGGCAGGCAGGAUAUCUACUCCACUUUUAUGAAAUAUUUAAUUCGGUUUCUGGAGCAGCUUCCGGAGGCAGAGGGAACACUGUUCUUGAGUGAGCUUACUCAGUUAAUGUUGUCCUAUUGGCAUGUUAAAGUUGGCUAUUAAUUCAUUUGCCUAAAUGAUAUUUUUCUUUCGUUAAAACAGGUUGCAAGUUUGUGUGACAGUGUUUUCAUGUUUUUAAAUCUUUUGUGUAUCACCUAAGUUUAACGAGCUAUGAAGUGUUUUGAGUGUCCAGUGCAAAUCAACUACAAAGUUUAUAUCCUGUCAAAAGCAUGUGAAGGGUUUUUGGGUUAUAUAAAUAAAAGAAUCCAGAUGUGGAAUUGCAUGGACUGAUAUUUUGUAACAGAGCACAACACCUUCUUACUGGUUUGUUUCUUUUAUUUUUUUAUACAACUGUGACAAAGAAGGAAACACAACUGAUCCAAAAAAUCUUUAAGAUGGCAUAUGUAAUUUAAAUGUGAUCUCUGACAGAUUACUGAAGAACCAAGUUUUAUCUGAAAGAUGAUGCGCUCUCUCUCUCUCUCUCUCUCUCUCUCUAUCAAAUGUCUAUAUGCACUAUAUGGCCAAACGUUUGAGACCAUCACACCCAUAGGUGGUUCUUCCCCAAACUAUUGCCACAAAGCACACAAUUGUAUCAAAUGUCUUUGUGUGCUGUAGCACUGCAAUUUCCCUUCACUAGAACCAAGAGGUCCAAACCUGUUCCAGUAUGACAGUACUCCCUUUUUUCCUUCUACAUCCAGAUAUGUGCAAAAAAACAAAACGAGUUAUAAAUGUACUGAAUAAUCUUGAGCCAAAAUGCGGGUGUCUUUGUUUAAUCUGGUAUACAAUAUAUUAUACAUUGUAACUGUCUAAUCCAGUAGUAGUCAAAAUCAGAUGAUCAUAUUAAUAUGUAUAUAAACACUUGGUGGCUUUCGUAAUAGUAAAUAGUACAGCAUAUAUUCCAUACGUUCUGUGCUUAAACGAUGAGACAGUGGUCGACUGUUAAAGAAAUCAUCAGAGAGAUGGUUUGGUGUUAAAUAUCCUGCAUAUUUGAGUAAAAUUUAGGAAAUGCACGGGCAGGAUGUGUUUGUGUUCCCUGGUCCAACUGGGCUUGGCUUUGAAAGCAGACAUACUUUCACUUGCUCUUAUUUUUUCUGGAUAAAGAAAGCAUGCAGAUGAGUUUAAAACCUCUUCCAGAGAAACUGUUUGUGUUUGCAUUAUUCACAAGGAAUUCAACAAUGUUGCCUCUGUGUUGUUGUAGAGCUGUUUAGUAUUGUGUUAAUUAUUUGAGUACUGUGCUAAACCUGAUUGUUCUUUUUUAAGUGAUUAUUUAAUGUACCAGAAUGUAGAUUUUUUUAGGAUGUUCACUUAUCUGUUGAGUUAUAACUCAGUUGCUAAUCAGUGUUAUUACACCCUUAUCAUUUGGUCAUACAUGUCAUGAUGUACUGGUGUGAGCAGUUUGAUUUGUGUAAAUUGUGCUGCAUCAGUUUAUCCAUUUAUAAAAGUCGGUAAGCAAAUCCACAACUGACAUUGCCUAGUGACACAUUUGUUGUGUCACAUUUGUGUUAGAUCUGUCUGCUGUGAUGCAUUAUUUUUCAUUUGGGCAGAUCACUGAUCCCCCUCUCCCUGCCUCUAU